AUGCCCGUCAACCCCUCGCCAGACAUCCAGGGUCAGCUGCGAGUACUCCACGCCGACCCGGCUGUGAUUCUUAUCCCGGAUCUCUGGAGCAAAGAGGCCUGUGAAAAGCUGGUCUUUGCCGCAAAGUGCAGUGGUGCAAUGCGGCAGUCGAGCUGCAGUGGCUAUGGCGUUGCACCCGGUGAGGCGCAAGCUGCCAGGACCAGCGGCAGUGUGGUCCUGAAACCGGAGGUGGCGCGCAGGUUUGGUGCCGAGCCAAUGGUUCGGAAGCUGUUCCGCGAUCUCUUCGGAGUGCUGGGUGUCGGCGGCUCCGACACAAGAGCAUACACCGCAGAGUAUCCGCAGGUCGUGCGGUAUGAGCGCGGCCAGCGCUUCGACUUGCAUCAGGAUGCAUUCGCAUGGGAAGAAGCUCAAGAGGAUGGUUAUCAGCGCCACGCCACUCUCUUGGUGUAUCUCAACGAUGUGGAACUUGGCGGAUCGACGAGGCUAAGUUUUAAGGUGCCCUUUGUCUGGAACUUUGGUAAUUUCGUCAUUCACAUGCGGCGUGCGAGGAAACAAUCGCUUGCAAGCAUGGCAGAGAAGCGCAAGCGCGAGGACAUUGUGACCUUGGACCUUGUCAUUGCCACGCGUGAGAACACGCAGAAGCUUGGCUACUUCGUUGACGACACCGUCGUGAACCCUGGCUUGGGCAUCCCCUUCUACAAGACCGUGCUGGAGGGUGCAAACUACGAGCAUGCUGAUUGGAAGGACCAGGCAUGCGUCCGUACCUCGCAGAUCCACUGGCGAGAGGAUCACAGUGUUUCCUGGCUGGAACGGCACAUGGAAAUGACCCAGGGCUUUAUUCUCCUUGGGAAAAACCCAGGGCUCUUCGUCCUGGGCGAGCCGACCCAUGACCGCGACGAUUUGGACGAAAAGGGCCGAGCGAAGCCUGAUCCCGAGCGAACCAAAGCAUACAUCAUCCCGGCAGGAAUGGGCUUGAUCCUGAAAAAGGGGACCUGGCACGACUUCCCAGUGUCGUGCGGUCCGCCCGUGACUGCCUUUAUCCUGAACACAGAAGAAGUUGUUGCGGCCCUUGCGUCCAUGCCAAAGCCAGCGCCCAUGAACCAUGGCGAUUGCUUCAAGCUUCGUAUGGCGGAACACUUUGACUUCACGCUCAAGUUCCCUGAUCCCCGCCCUUUCGUUCAAAGACACGGCCUGGUGCCUAGCCCAGUGGCCAUGCCUUUGAUGGGCAAGGAGGGCUAUGGCACCGACAUGGUGCGACAGGAGGUGAAGCCUGGAUGGGCUGGUGGCAAGAAGGUCUUCGUAGUUCCCGUGGUGAACGUGGAGGUCUUUGUCCCUGGCAGCGGAGGACCGUCCAUCCAGCCCCAUUUGCAGUCGAUUCCGGAGGUUGCCAACCGAGGCUGGCGGGAUUACGGCAAUCGCCGCGGCCUGCAGCGGCUGUGCGCCAUGUUCAAGGAGCUUGGGAUCCCGGCGACGGCCGUGGUCAACAGUGAGGCAGCCAAACUGGAGCACGUGGCCAAGGCGCUGAAGGAGUCGGGCUGGGAGCUCGGUGCACAUGGUCUGAACAACUCCUCGGGUGCCGCCAAGCUUAGCAGGGGUGAGGAGGAGGCGUAUUUCAAGCAGACCCUGGACGACCUUCAGCAAAGCCUGGGCGCAAGGCCCAAGACCUGGCUGACUCCAGGCUUUUCCGUCACGGAGCGCACACCGGAAAUAGCUGUGCAGUCUGGCAUUGAGGCGUUUCUGGACUUUGUGGACGAGGACGUGCCGUACUACCUCUCGCACGAGAGUGGGAAGCGCACGCUAUGCCUGCCCUACUGCAUGGAGACCAACGACUUCUCUUGCGUUUUGACAAAGCACUUUGAUGGCCGGCAGUAUGCCCAAGCCAUUGAGGACCACGUCCGCCAGCUGGCCAAGGAAGACGGAGAGAAGGUGGUGUGCUUGGGCAUGCACACGUUCGUGGCUGGAACACCUGGGCGAGUGCUCGCCCUCACGGAGGCGCUUGGGCGCCUUCAGCAAGUCCCGGGCGUUUGCUUUGCCACCACAGCCGAUGUCUGCGUGGCCAUUCAGAAGAAUGCUUGA